AAAUAAACAGAGCAAUAACAAUCACUUUAUUUGUUUCUCUGUGUGCCACACAACAAAGAAAGAGCAGUAGUGUGCAGCAGCAGCUCUUUGCAGCUGCCUCUCUACAUCUUUUUGCAGGGUUCGAGCGAUGUGUGGAAUGAUUGAUCUCAACACGGUGAAUGAAGAUGAUGCGGAUACGACGCCGUCUGAGUUUGAUUCGGCGCCGGUGAAGUCGCCGGCGGUGUGUUUGGAGCUGUGGCACGCGUGUGCGGGACCGUUGAUAUCGUUGCCGAAGAAAGGGAGCUGCGUAGUGUACUUGCCGCAGGGGCACUUGGAGUAUGUGGUGUGUGAUUAUGGUGAUGAUGUUGCUUCUCGUCUCCCUCCUCAUGUCUUUUGUCGCGUUGUUGAUGUCAAGCUCCAUGCAGAGGCAGCUACAGAUGAGGUGUUUGCGCAAGUGUCUCUGAUUCCAGACUCACAGAUUGAGCUGAAUUGGAAGGAGGGGAAAUCUGAAGUAGUAGUUGAAGACGAAGAUGUUGAAAUUGCGGCGAAAGCAAUGACACCGCAUAUGUUCUGCAAAACUCUUACUGCUUCAGAUACGAGUACACAUGGAGGUUUCUCUGUUCCUCGUAGAGCUGCCGAGGACUGCUUCCCUCCACUGGAUUAUAAACAACAGAGGCCAUCGCAAGAGCUUGUAGCCAAAGAUCUGCAUGGUUUGGAAUGGAGGUUUCGGCACAUCUAUCGGGGCCAGCCUCGCAGACAUCUGCUAACUACUGGUUGGAGUGCAUUUGUCAAUAAGAAGAAGCUUGUCUGUGGAGAUGCUGUUCUCUUUCUUAGGGGUGGUGAUGGAGAACUGAGGCUGGGGAUCAGAAGAGCAGCUCAAGUCAAAAGCGGCGCCAAGGUUGCUGUAGCUUAUAAUGAGCAUAUGAACGAUAUUGCUUCUGUGGUCAAUGCUGUUUCUAUGAAAAGUGUCUUCAACCUCUGUUACAAUCCAAGGUCUAGCUCGUCUGAUUUUGUAAUACCAUUCAGCAAAUUCUCGAAGAGCCUAGCUAAUUCGUUCUCUCCUGGAAUAAGGUUCAAGAUGCGGAUUGAAACAGAAGAUGCAACAGAGAGAAGGUGUACUGGACUAAUAGUCGGUACUGGUGAUGUUGAUCCUUUGAGGUGGCCUGGUUCUAAAUGGAGAUGCUUAAUGGUUCGAUGGGAUGAUAUGGAAGCUACCCGACAUAACAGAGUAUCUCCAUGGGAGAUUGAGCUAUCUAGUUCUGUUCCGGGAGCCAGUGGUUUGCUUUCACCUAGUAUGAAAAGGAGCAGAAUUGGUUUUACAACACAACCAGAUUUCCCCAUCUCUAGAGAUGGGACAGGAAUAUCGGACUUCAGGGAAUCUUCGAGGUUCCAGAAGGUCUUGCAAGGUCAAGAAAUUUUGGGUUUUCAUGCCUCUUUUGAUGGUGUUGAUGCUCGAAAAAAUCACCCUCCCGACCCGAGGGGCUGUUUUCCUGGUUCAAUGAAUUGGGACUCAGCAGUAGGUAAUGGUGUGAGGUCUGUCAUGGGAAGUUCUGAAAUUUCGUAUGACGGGGUUAACUUUAGCGAAUCUUUGCGACUCAACAAGGUCUUGCAAGGUCAAGAAAUAUUAUCAAAGCGUCCAUAUGGAGGAUGUCCCACUGUCAACCAGAUGCUGGAACAUAAUGAUCCUAGAUUUAUAGAAGGUGCUCGAGCAGUAAGCGGUGGAACUGAGUGGCCUUCGGUUAUGCAGGGUUACAGUACUUGCAUGAGGCCCUCGGCACCAUUGGUCCGAAAAUCUCCAAUGUCUUCUGUUCCAGUGUUCCAACAACCAAGCAAUCCAGACCCUAAAUGUGGUGCAGUAGCAUCUCGGGGUAAUCUCACCUCAUCCUCACCCUAUGGGCGUAAUAGAUUUGAAAUGGAAUCUCAACAAAACCUUGCUUCUUCUGGUCUUCUUAACUCACAUAAACAACUUGGGUCGUUUAAUCUUCCUCUCGAAACUCAAGCAUCAAAUAUGGGGAGUUCAAAUUUAGUUUCCUCUUGCAAAAGUAGUUGUAGACUCUUUGGUUUUCUUUUGACUGAGGAAAGUCCCGCCAUCUCUAAAGAGAGCAAUCCUAGUCGGAUUCAAUCAGCAUAUGUUCAUAAAGCCCCUCAUCAUCCUCGGGGUGACGAACAGUUUAAUUCGAAGCCUUCAUCAAUGACCAAAAUUGUGGGAGGCAGCUGUACCAAAGCAAAAGACUUGUAUAACGUAAGGGAUAUGCUUCUUGAUAUUGCAAUGUAGCAGUAACUGAAGUAAUUAUUACAACGCAGUACCCCUCUUUUCUGAGUUGGACAUAUCUGAAAGGUUGGGUUUCAAAUGUAUAUUGAAGCUGCCUCCUUUUCUAUAUGGCAACAGGGUUGUCUGGUGCUCUUAUUGAAAAAUAUAUUUUCGGCAAGCUAAAGUUGAUAUUAAUGAAAUCUACAGAUGCAGAAGUUGUGAUGGCCAGAUUGGUGCUUGUAAGGUAAUUCCUGGUUCCACAAUCUAUCUUAGGUUUGACAAACAAUUGUAGCAAUUAUAUAUGUAUGCUUUGUUGUAAACUGAAGGAUCACGUUAAAUCAGCUCCUUUCUAUUUUUUGUUGGUUGAGCUACUUGUUUCUGUAUAACAUUGUACGGCAAUAUGCGGAAUUGGUUACUGUAGAAAAUCUCAAUAUUCAAGAUUUAAACUGUUAAUCAUAGUGAUUAUGAUC